CCCAACUUCACACUUUAACUUUAGCUUUGCUCACAACUUCAUCUACAGGGGUCGACAUACGAGUUCAGCUACCGUGACUCGAGUUGUCAAGAUUUCAGUCAUCGAGUAAGUAUCUACCCAAACUUCUUUCACAUUUUUCUCCAUGUGCCUGAUUCCCUAUUCCCAACUCCAUGCAAAAUAUAUUUGACAUCCCCUAUAUGACACUUUUGAGUUCCAACACCUUAACCAACAACAUCUCCUACAUCCUGCCUUGCCUCCCACGAAUUCUUCAUAUGAUACAUGAGCCCCCUUUUCAUUCGGGUACUGACUGGCCGCAAUAUCUACUACUACCUGAGGUUUAGGCCUCUAAGUGUUUGACAGCCAGUGGAUAAGUGUCAAUUUUUCUGUUAUCACUAACGCGAAAUACUUAGUAUUCAGAGAACAAUAUCAUUGGUCCGUUGAUCAAAAUGUCUGACAGCUGGGGCGCUCCUGAGGAGAACCCGGUGGCUAACCCCGCGGCUCCCAGCCAUGCUGCCGGUCCCUCAACCACCGCAGCACAACGUCCUGAGGGACCUGUCGCUGACUGGGGUCAGCCGGUCGCAUUUGACUACACUGAAACUGAUGUUGACCGCCAGUGGGGCAGCAACGGUGCCAUCUACGAAUGGGAUGGCGAAGAAGGUGAUGUCGCCCCCGUGAACCCGGAACUGGAACUUCAGUUGUUUGGUAGCCCGGAUAAGCGACACUGUGCCGGCGUAGACUUCUCCAAGAUUGCGGAGAUCAGUGUCUCACAGGAGGGUGAGCAUCGUAUCGUUCCCAUCUUCAAGUUCAAAGAUGCGGGCCUUCACCCUAUCAUGUUGAAGAAUGUCGAGAUGGCAGGUUACCAAACACCGACCCCCAUCCAGAAGUAUUGCAUCCCGGCUAUCAAGAUGGGCUAUGACUUGAUCGCCAUUGCCCAAACAGGUUCGGGCAAAACUGCUGCCUAUUUGAUCCCUAUUCUGAAUGAGCUGAUGGGCAAAGCCAAAAAGCUGGUCGCUCGUCGCCCCGUUUCUGAGGUUCCUAGAAGCAACCUAGCCAAUUUCCGAGCCGAACCCCUGGUUUUGAUUGUUUGCCCUGCCCGAGAGUUGGCGAUUCAAAUCUUCGACGAAGCGCGCAGGUUCUGCUACCGCACAUUGCUUCGUCCCUGCGUGGUCUAUGGAGGAGGACCUAUUCAGGAGCAACUCCAACAGAUCGGACGAGGUUGUGAUGUCCUCGUUGCCACUCCUGGUCGUCUUAUCGACAUCAUGCAGCGCUCGCAUCUGUUUACACUUCGUCGACUUCGAUAUAUGGUGAUUGAUGAGGCCGAUGAGAUGCUUGACGCGGAUUGGCACGAGGAAUUUGAACAGAUUCUCGUUGGCGGAGAACAGGAACAGGGAAACGUGAAAUACAUGCUUUUCUCGGCAACUUUCCCUGGCGCUGUUCGCGCAGUUGCUAGGGAGUACCUUGCGAUGAACCACAUUCGUGUUCGCGUGGGUCGUAUCGGAAGUACCCAUGCCAACAUUUCACAAGAUGUCAUUUUUGUGAAGCAAGAGCUGAAGCGAGAGGCUCUUAUCGAUCUUAUGUACUCCUUGGAUCCGGCCCGAACCAUCAUCUUUGUCAACAGUAAGCGUACGGCAGACGAGAUCGACGAUUACCUCUUUCACAAGGGUAUGCCCUGCACAUCGAUGCACUCGGACCGCACUCAGCGCGAACGAGAGGACGCCAUGCGAGCGUUCCGUUCCGGUAGGACACCUAUUCUAGUUGCCACGGGUAUCACUUCCCGCGGAAUCGACGUUCGUAAUGUCCGCUACGUCGUCAACUAUGACCUUCCGAACGCAGAUCAUGGAGGAAUUCAGGAAUACGUUCAUCGUAUUGGUCGAACUGGUCGUAUCGGAUACACCGGUUCCGCUACUUCGUUCUACACUGAACGAGACGAACCUCUCGCUGAGGAUUUGACAAAGAUUCUGAUGGAAACCCGACAGCCUGUGCCCGAUUUCCUUCAGCAGUACAUCCCCGAGGGCGUAGACCCGAAGGAAUUCAAGAUGGAGGAUGAUACGAGCGACAUUGAGGACCAAGCGGGAGACGCUGGAGACGCAUGGCAGACGAACGGUCCUCAGGAUGGUCAGAAUGCUGGUGCCAAUUCCUGGGCUUCUGGAGGUGAUGCAGGCGACGGCUGGGGUGCUCCCAAUGCUGGAGGAACUGCUGAGGAUGGUUGGGGAUCUGGUGGCAACUCAAACAACGUCGACCAGGAUGACAACUGGUAGUGGUGGUGUGAUCAACACUCCGAUUAUGACUGGCGGAGUUAUGAGAUAUAUCUGCCACAAGAUGGUGCGCAACUACAUUUGCUUUUCGAUUGCGAUAUUCUGACAAGCCUCCGAGCAAGGAUGGUAUAAUUAUGUCCGAUCUCGUUUCAUUGAGGAUCUGGACGAGGUGAAGAGAUGUGUCUCUAAGUGGAUAGCCCAUAGUGGGAUCUCUAAGUAAUGCGAAUGAGUUUCUUUCUUGCACGGUUCGAUAUUUGAGUAGCAAUGGUGCUAGAUAACUGCAACCUCAGGACUACAUCCUUCUCGUUUAUUGCGAAUAAGAAAAAAAAAAACCAUGUAGUCUAUCGCUAUGCUUACUUCACAGAUAGCUUCUCCUAAUACAGUUGAUGCCGAGCCUGUGCUGGAAAAAAAGGGGGGGCAAAACUUUUACUUUGGUCCUCUAUCUAUGUCUAGCCUCCCGACUAUAAAAGGUACCUGGAGCUAGCUGGUCGAGCUCCGUAAUAACAUAUUAAUGUGGCCUUACCGAGUGAUACUAUAAAUGUGCUGCCGGGAGAUAUGUGAUAAUUUGGACAUCAUUGACUUUGCU